AUGUCGACGCCCAUCUCUGAUGCGACGAAGCCUCAAGGGCCGGCCGAUGUCCAAUUUCGAGGUAUUCGCGAGUGGCUCUCCCAACCGGUUGUUGCUGCGUUUUGCGGAGGUGGCGUUGCUGGUGCAGUCUCAAGAACCGUUGUCUCCCCUCUCGAGCGCCUAAAGAUUCUUAUGCAGGUGCAGAGCGUUGGGCGAGAUGCCUAUAAAAUGUCGGUUGGCCAAGCACUGGCUAAGAUGUGGAGGGAAGAGGGAUGGAGAGGGUUCAUGAGAGGAAACGGAACAAACUGCAUCCGUAUCGUGCCCUACUCUGCAGUACAAUUCAGCAGCUACAACUUUUACAAGCGGCACCUAUUCGAGACGACGCCCGGGGCUGACUUAAGUGCCCUUACACGCUUAAUUUGUGGUGGAAUCGCUGGCAUUACGUCCGUGUUUCUUACAUAUCCCCUUGACAUUGUCAGAACUCGUUUGUCGAUUCAAUCAGCGAGCUUUACCGAGCUGGGCAACCGUCCACAGCAGCUGCCUGGCAUGUGGUCAACAAUGGCUACAAUGUAUAGAAACGAAGGCGGUACAGCGGCACUGUAUCGUGGAAUUAUACCAACAGUGGCUGGCGUGGCACCAUAUGUCGGACUCAACUUCAUGGUUUACGAAUCUGUCAGGAAGUAUUUAACACCAGAAGGCGAUAAGAACCCCAGCGCACCCCGCAAGCUGCUUGCUGGUGCCGUCUCCGGAGCCGUGGCUCAGACCUGCACGUACCCAUUCGACGUUUUGCGUCGGCGAUUCCAGAUCAAUACUAUGUCCGGAAUGGGCUACAGGUACAAAUCGCUCGCUGACGCAGUGAGAGUGAUUGUGGCCCAAGAAGGAGUCAAGGGCCUCUACAAGGGUAUUGUGCCGAACUUGUUGAAGGUUGCGCCGAGCAUGGCGUCCAGUUGGCUUAGCUUCGAAGUCACCCGCGAUUUCAUCGCAAGCCUCAAGCCAGAAGCUGACGAGAUGUCCCAAUAG